CCUGCUCAGUGAAGCUAAGCAGCCCCCGUCCCCCCCCCCAGCUUGGCCAAAGCCGGCCUUGAUGGCUAAGCGCAGAGCGGAGGCGGUGGCCUGUCGCGCGCCUUGUCAGCUGCGCGCCUUUCCGCGCGCGCCUCCUUCGAAGCGCUCGCGGAGCGAUCUCGAACGGCGGGAGUCGCGAGGCGCAGCGCUCUGGCGGGAAAACGGCGGGCAGAAGCGCAAAUGGACGGUUGUUGCGGAGGGAGGCGACGAGGCGGGGGCCGGCGGCAAGAGGCUCGCGGAAGGAACGGCGCGGCAGGAGCCUGAGCAACGGCUUCCUGUAGUCGCUGGCAUGGCGACCGAAACGGCGGCUCUCGCCGGAGGAGAUGCAACGGGCAGUCAGGGAGGGCCCGAGAAGCCUGAAGAUGACGUUUGGCACUACAACUCCUUCCAGUUCUGGAAGUUACCAUUACCUACCAUUGAUUUGUCUGAUAUUCAAGAAUUAGAAAAAGGCUCCAUAACAGAAACAAGAUCCUCAAGUAACACCUCACUAUCAGAAAUGGAAACCUGAAGACUAAUCUGUUGGUAUAGAUUAUGGAGUGUGGUUACUGUUUUGCACUGUUGUUUCUUGAACGUGUAAGCAGAGUUGAAACUACGAAGGUAUUAAAUAUAAUUUGAAGAAAGGAUAACAUCUAAAUUCUUCGAAAAUGAAGGAGUCAUAUAGAAUUCAUCAAAGACUAACUAGAGAAGCUAUCAAUGUAUAGAACCAGUGGAUUGUGAAAUUUAGAGGAUUAAAGGAGUUUACAAAAACUGAUACAUAUGAAUAAAAUUUCUUUAGGUUAUUGCCAGUAUAAAUGAAAAGUGUGCAAAGUUCUAAAAAGGAGUAUGUGCUAUUAUACUGCCAUGGAAAAGAGUACAAGUUACAUGUGUAUUUUAGUUAUGGCUAGAAAAGAUUAAUAGCAAAAUAAAAUCGCAAGUCUCUGCAAAACUGAAAUCACUAUGGCCAGCACUUUCUUCCAAGAAUUUCCAUAGUAAUAAAUUUUGUUGCUGAGAUUAAUUUAAAUCAGUUAUUUUUAUUAUAACUGGUUAUUUGAGUAAUAAUGUUAAGUUCUAGCAAUCUGCAGGCAAAUUGAAGAAUCAUGAUGGAAAAUGAUAGGAAACCUACAUGAUGGGCCAACUGAUGUAGGUUUUGGGCAUAUUUACAGAAAGUGGCUUGGAGCUGGAUUGUACCAGGAGAGAAGAUGCAAUCAGCUUGAAAUGACUUAAUUGUUAACCGAUUUAGACUGAAACAAAUCUAGAAGAGUCUUAAAGGAUGAAUAAAGUAAAGCUAGUACACUUAAACUUCCUUUCCCUUCCUGUCCAUGGCCAUAGUCACCAUGGCUGCCCUAUUUUUAUUUACGCCACCUACUCUUUUGCACAUCAUUACCAUCGUGUUCAAAUACAAGUCAGUGUUCCCCAUUAUCCCAGUCUUGCUUUACUUUCUCAUCAGUCACCACAUCGGUGCAUAUUCAACUGGUCCACUCCUGCCCCACCUCCUUGUGCUUAUUUUUCCUCCAUUGUGCUCUUUUAGUUGCAUAUUGCCCAUCCUGUGUUCAUGUAGUUUGCCUCACAUUUUCCUUUAGGUGCCUGUUGCCAUCAGUGGUUUCCUCAUAUAAUAAUACAAUAUAAUAACAGAGUUAGAAGGGACCUUGGAGGUCUUCUAGUCCAACCCCCUGCUCAGGCUGGAAACUCAACACCAUUUCAGACAAAUGGGUAUCCAGCAUUUUCUUAAAAAUUUCCAGUGUUGGAGCAUUCACAACUUUUGCAGGCAAGUUGUUCCACUUAGCGUGAAGUUUAUUAACACCUCAUGUGAUUUUGAUUCUAUCCCUCUGUGCUGCCUAGAACUAUGUUGGCGUUUUUGGCACACUGCUGGCUCAUACUUAAAUGGUUGUCCACUAGGAUUCCAAGAUCCAUCUCACAGUUACUACUAUUGAGCAAGUCUCAGAAAUCUUGGAUUGAAGGGGCCUUCAGCAAAAGAGAAUGUGCAAAAAUUGUACCCAGCUCAAAAGAUUCUCACAGAGGUUCUGCAGGAUGUCAAGUAUGCCAGAAUCUAAUUCGAUGUUGUUGUGGUCGGCUAAUUGGUGAUCACCAGGGGAUAGGUUAUGGUUACCCUGUAUUUCAGUCCGAAAAAGAAAAAUAUAAUGUGGAAUGGUCUGUUGAAAAAGAUACAAAGAUAAGUCCAACUGAUGCAUUUGGUACAAUCAAUUUUCAAGACAGUGAUCACACGUACCAUGCCAAGUAUAUCAGAACUUCUUACGAUACAAAGCUAGAUCAGCUGUUGCAGCUCAUGAUUAAAGAAUGGCAGAUGGAAUUUCCCAGAUUGGUCAUUUCAGUUCACGGUGGCAUCCAAAACUUCAAACUUCCAUCUAAACUGGUGCAGCUUUUCAGCAAAGGAUUGGUCAAAGCUGCUGAAACUACAGGAGCUUGGAUAUUAACAGAAGGCAUUAACACUGGAAUAUCUAAGCAUGUGGGAAAUGCAUUGAAAUUCCAUGCCUCUCAAUAUUUAAGAAAGAUCUGUGCUAUUGGAAUUUCCCCUUGGGGCAUCAUUGAAAAUCAGAAAGAACUUAUUGGCAAAGAUGUAGUCUGCCUGUAUCAGACACUUGGCAAUCCCCUAAGCAAGUUGAACACCCUCAACAGCAUGCAUUCCCAUUUCAUACUGGUUGAUGAUGGAACAGUGGGCAAGUAUGGCAGUGAGAUGAAACUCAGGAGAAGUCUGGAAAAGUAUCUAUCACUUCAAAAAAUACAUACCAGAAUGGGACAAGGUGUGCCCUUAGUUGGGCUAGUGGUAGAAGGCGGUCCCAAUGAAAUCCUGACAGUCUGGGAAUAUGUCAGGGACACACCUGCUGUUCCGGUAGUAAUAUGUGAAGGAACUGGAAGAGCUGCAGAUCUGCUUGCAUUUACCUAUAAACACACCGCAGAUGACACAAACUGGAACAUUCAACUUAAGGAAAAGAUAUUAUUAAAGAUUCAGAACAGCUUCAGUUUUGGUCAAAAGCAGUCCCAUCAUUUGCUGAAAAUUUUAAUGGAAUGUAUGGAACAUAGGGAUUCGAUAACAAUAUUUGAUGCUGAGUCAGAGGAACAUCAGGACAUGGAUCUUGCAAUCCUGACUGCACUCUUGAAAGGCACGCAUAUGUCUGCUCCAGAUCAGCUCAAUCUGGCUCUGGCUUGGAACAGAUUGGACAUUGCUAAGAAACAUAUAUUGGUUUAUGGACAACACUGGAAGGUUGGCUCCCUUGAACAAGCAAUGCAGGAUGCCCUCAUUAUGGACCGGGUGGAAUUUGUGAAAUUGCUAAUAGAAAAUGGUGUGAAUCUACACCGCUUCCUUACGAUAUCCCGACUGGAAGAGCUGUACAAUACUAAACAAGGGCCAACAAAUCUACUUUUGCAUCAUCUUCUUUGUGAUGUGAAACAGAGUACUCUUCCAGUGGACUAUAAAAUAUCGUUGAUUGAUAUUGGAUUGGUUAUAGAAUACUUGAUUGGUGGAGCUUAUCAAAGCAGCUACACAAGAAAACAUUUCAGAAUUUUAUACAAUAAUAUUUACAGGAAACAUAAGAACCUCUCGCUUCAUCAGGUUAAUCAGACUGGGAGUCGAAGUGGAACUGCUGAAAAUACUUUGCAUUCCCAGUUUAUCAGAACAGCUCAGCCCUACAAAUACAAAGAAAAAUCAACAAAUCUCCAUAAAUCCAAGAAGAAGGUCAAAGAUGAAUUCACAGUAUUUGAUGACCAAGAGUCAGUUGGCUUUAUUUACCCCUACAAUGAUCUCUUGGUUUGGGCGGUUUUGAUGAAAAGGCAGAAGAUGGCUAUGUUCUUCUGGCAGCAUGGAAAGGAAGCAAUGGUCAAGGCUGUGGUAGCUUGCAAACUCUAUAGAGCCAUGGCACGUGAAGCCAAACAAUGCAACAUGGAGGAUGAUACAGCAGAAGAACUGAAGAAGUAUUCACAUGAGUUUGGGCAGCUUGCUCUAGAUGUGUUAGAUAAUGCAUUCAAACAAAAUGAGCAGAUGGCCAUGAAGCUGUUGACAUAUGAGCUGAAGAAUUGGAGUAAUUCAACAUGUCUGAAACUGGCUGUGUCAGUAGGUUUGAGACCUUUUGUGUCUCACACAUGCACCCAGAUGCUGUUGACUGAUAUGUGGAUGGGGCGCCUGAAAAUGAGAAAGAAUUCCUGGUUUAAGGUGAUUCUAAGUAUUCUUCUACCUCCCACCAUCUUGAUGCUGGACUUUAAAAGCAAGGCUGAAAUGUCCCAUGUGCCUCAAUCGCAGGACCCCCACCAAUUCACGUGGUACCAUGGUGAUCCCAACACCACCAGUGGAAAAGAUAAUUUAUCAUUGAACAAUUAUGAUUUUGAGAAAGAGGUUGAGAAACAAGCUGAAAAACCACCUUUUCCCAACAACAAUGAACAACAAAACCUUCUUGGAAUGAGGAAAAUCUAUGAAUUCUACAACACCCCUAUUGUCAAGUUCUGGUUCCAUACGAUGGCCUAUUUAGUCUUUCUUAUGCUGUUUACUUACACAAUCCUGGUGAAGAUGAAACCAACCCCCAGUGCCCAGGAAUGGCUUGUGAUCACCUACAUUUUUACUACCUCCAUUGAGAAAGUCAGAGAGAUUUUUAUUUCAGAGCCAAGCAAGUUCAUCCAAAAGGUGAAAGUAUGGAUUUAUGAAUACUGGAAUUUUACAGACUUUAUUGCUAUCAUCCUGUUCAUGACCGGAUUUGGUUUGCGCUGGGCUAAUCCUCCACUUCAGACAGCAGGAAGGUUAAUUUACUGUUUGGAUAUAAUAUUCUGGUAUGCUCGACUUCUUGAUUUUUUUGCUGUGAAUCAGCAUGCUGGCCCCUAUCUGACAAUGAUAGGCAAAAUGACAGCAAACAUGUUCUGUAUUGUAAUUAUGAUGGCCAUAGUACUAUUAAGUUUUGGUGUUGCACGGAAAGCAAUACUUUCUCCAAAUGAGCAGCCUUCAUGGACUCUUGCACGAGAUAUUGUAUUUCAACCAUACUGGAUGAUAUUUGGUGAGGUGUAUGCGGGAGAAAUUGAUGCUUGUGAAUUAGAUAAAAACUGUCCUCCAGGUUCAUUCCUCACCCCGUUUCUUCAAGCAGUGUACCUCUUUGUACAAUAUAUAAUUAUGGUGAAUCUACUUAUUGCUUUCUUCAAUAAUGUUUAUUUUGAUAUGAAGUCUAUGUCAAACAAACUCUGGAAAUACAACCGUUACCGCUAUAUCAUGACAUACCGUGAAAAGCCAUGGCUCCCCCCACCUUUCAUCAUAUUGAGCCACAUUGGCCUUGUGCUAAAUUGUCUUUGCAACCACCGGCUCCCAAGUGAACUGGAUCAAGAGGAGAAGGAGCAUGUUGAACUCAAACUGUACCUGAGUGAUGAAGAAUUAAAAAAGCUUCAUGAUUUUGAAGAACAGUGUGUGGAACAGUACUUACAUGAAAAGAAGGAAAGCUUUCAUUUCAGCGAUAGUGAACAGAUCCGUGUUACAAAGGAGAGAAUUUUCAAAAUCUACUCAGCUCUGUCAGUCAGUAUGGGCCAAGGCAAAAUUUGGAAACAAAGAAAGGAGAUCUUCAAGGAAAAAGCGAAAAACUCUUCAAGUUCCAUUGAUUACAGUCGAUAGUUGCCCUCAGAGCAUCCAAGUGAAUUUGGAACCACUUGACAGUAAACUUGCCGAAGACAAAGAGGAAUGCAGGGCCAAAUGGCUGACCGUGUCUCACUUCAAGCAACUAAGU